AUGUUGGAAUCUCGUGUCUUCGAGUUCAAUGUCGACUACUUUGAGACCAUGGACAUGGCGGUAGGGAAAUUCUUCAGCUCCGGUGAGAUCUCCGUCGGUGGCCACCUAUGGAGGAUUAACUGCUUCCCGAACAUGGACCGGGUCCGGGUGGAUGACAACAGCAAGUACGUCUCCAUCUUCCUCAAGCUCGAAGACAAAUCUAAGAAUGUCAAAGCCGUCUUCGAGGCCUCCAUGAUGGGCAAAGACGGCAAGCCCAGGAGGCAGCGAAGCUCCACGAUUGUCUUCCCGACCUACCGCGAGAACCGGGACUGGGGGUGGAGGCUCAUGGAGAGAAGCCAACUCGUGCCAGCCUACGUCAAGGCCGAUGGCUGCUUCACCAUCGUGUGCCGGAUCACCGUGCUGCCCGGCGGCGAUGCCCUCGACGUGCCGCAGUAG